UAAAGACAACUGAACACACAUCAUGUCAGUGUUUUUUUUUACACUUCUAAAACGCGCUUUUCCUUAGUUGAAAAAGCUGAGAAUUUUAGAAUUUUUUAAGUCAAAAGUGCUUUUGACUGACUAAUUACUUCUUUAUCCUCAAUUUUUCAUGGUAUAUGGACAAUUUCUUCUUCAUUUUUUCUUCCAUAGAAUCUCUCUGGUUCUAUUUUAUUUCCUUCCAUUCUUCCAUUUUCUUCCAGUUUGAUAAGCAUGGAAGAAUAUCAGGAGCAGCCAUCCGGAGUUAUCUUUUAGAUAGAUCUCGUGUUUGUCAAGUUUUCGAUCCGGAACGUAACUAUCACUGUUUUUAUCUUCUUUGUGCUGCGCCGGCGGAGGAAGUUGAAAAGUACAAAUUGGGAAAACCCCAAAGCUAUCACUGGUGCAAUGCUUACUGAAUCUUGUAAAAAUACAUGGUGAGAAGAAUCUGCUUGGAUGCCUGGUAUCUGUUGCAUCUGCUCUAAGAGGUAGUAUGAGUUGGUUCAUGCUUCAUUGUACUGGAAUUUAAUAUAUGAGAUGCAGUUUUGAGAGGUGCAUAAAUUUUGCACAAAAUAACCUUAAUUACUCAGAUUGAAUGAUAAAGCUAUUGGUGGCAUAAUAUUUGUUGAA